UUGGACUCCAUUUUUGAGGAACUUGAGCACAAAAUCAUCUCUCUGAUGAAGAAAGAGCUGAAGAGUAUCAAGAGACUACUGAUCUCAGAUUCCCCAGCAUGCUCUGAGAGAGAGGAGGAGGAUGAUGAAGGUCAGAGCAGAGUCAGAGAGGGGUUUCUGAAGAUCACACUGCACGUCCUGAAGAAGAUGAAGCAGACAGACCUCGCUAACACACUUCAAACCAAACUGAUUUCUGUGCAUCAACAAAAACUCAAAACAAAACUAAAAGAGAAAUUCCAGAGAAUUACUGAAGGAAUGUCAAAUCAAAGCAGCUCAACACUUGUGAAUGAGAUCUACACAGAGCUGUACAUCACAGAGGGAGGGAGUGCAGAGAUCAAUAAUGAACAUGAGGUGAGACAGAUUGAGACAGCAUCCAGGAGAGCAGAGACACAGGAAACACCAAUCAAAUGCAAUGACAUCUUUAAAGCCUUACCUGGACAACACAAAGCCAUCAGAACUGUGCUGACUAAAGGAGUUGCUGGAAUUGGGAAAACUGUCUCUGUGCAGAAGUUCAUUGUGGACUGGACUGAAGGAAAAGCAAAUCAGGAUGUUCACUUCAUAUUUCCACUUCCUUUCAGAGAGCUCAAUCUGAUGAAGCACACAAAUAUCAGUUUGAUGGAUCUUCUUCAUCAGUUUUUCACAGAUACAAAAGAACUGAGAGAAUUGAAAACAUUCCUUGAUGACUACAAAGUCAUUUUCAUUUUUGAUGGUCUGGAUGAGUGUCGACUUCCUCUAGAUUUCCAGAACAAUGAUAUUUUGUGUGAUGUGACAGAAUCGGCCUCAGUGGAUGUGCUGCUGACCAACCUCAUCAAGGGGAAUCUGCUUCCUUCUGCUCUGCUCUGGAUCACCUCUCGACCAGCAGCAGCCAAUCAGAUUCCUCCUGAGUGUGUUGACCAGCUCACAGAUGUACGAGGCUUCAAUGACCCUCAGAAGGACGAGUAUUUCAGGAAGAGAAUAAAAGAUGAGCGUCUGGCCAACAGAAUCAUCACACACAUGAAAUCAUCAAGAAGCCUGUACAUCAUGUGUCACAUACCAGUCUUCUGUUGGAUUUCAGCCACUGUUCUCCAGAGACUGUUGAGUGAAGCAGAGAGUGCAGAGAUCCCCAAGACUCUCACUCAAAUGUUCACACACUUCCUGAUCUUUCAGAGCAAACUGAAGAGCCAGAAGUAUGAUGGGAAAUGUGAGGUGGAUCUUCAGCAGGCUAGAAAGAGGAUUCUGUCUCUGGGAAAACUGGCUUUUCAACAGCUGGAAAAAGGGAACCUGAUCUUCUAUGAGGAGGACCUGAGAGAGUGUGGCAUUGAUGUCAGAGAAGCGUCAGUGUACUCGGGAGUUUGUACCCAAAUCUUCAGAGAGGAGUUUGGACUGCACCUGGGGAAGGUGUUCAGCUUUGUGCAUCUGAGCAUUCAGGAGUUUCUCGCUGCUUUAUUCAAGUUUCUGCAAAACAAGUCAAGAAUGAGUGAUUUCCUGAAGAGUGAAGUGGACAAGGCCUUACAGAGUGAGAACGGACACCUGGACCUUUUCAUUCGAUUCCUUCUGGGUCUCUCACUGAAGUCCAAUCAGACAAUCUUACGAGACCUACUGACACAGACAGGAAGCAGCUCUGACAGCAAACAGGAAAUAGUUGAGUACAUUAAGAUGAAGAUCAGGGAGAAUCCCUCUCCAGAGAAAUCCAUCAAUCUGUUCCACUGUCUGAAUGAACUCAAUGAUCAUUCUCUAGUGCAGGAAGUACAAACAUACGUGAACAGAAGAGAUAUCAAUCGUCUCUCUGGAGUCCGUCUCUCUCCUGCUCAGUGGUCAGCUCUGGUGUUUGUGUUGCUGAACUCAGAAGAGGAGCUGGAUCAGUUUAAUCUGAGGAAAUAUGAUCCAUCACAUGAAUGUCUUCUGAGGCUGCUGCCGGUGAUCAAAGCAUCCAGAAAAGCUGAUUUGAUGGGCUGCAAUCUGACAGAGCAAAGUUGUUCAGCACUGGCCUCAGUUCUCAGCUCAAACUCCUCAAGUCUGAGAGAGCUGGAUCUCAGUAAUAAUGACCUGCAGGAUUCAGGAGUGAAGCUGCUCUCUGAUGCACUGAAGAGUCCUCACUCUACACUGGAAAUACUGAGAUUUGCAGCUUGUAGAGUCACUGGUCUGUGCUGUGAAAGUUUGUCUUCAUUUCUACAAUCAUCAAAAUCCCUGAGAGAGCUGGACCUGAGUAACAAUGACCUGCAGGAUUCAGGAGUGAAGCUGCUCUCUGAUGCACUGAAGAGUCCUCACUGUAUACUGGAAAUACUGAGAUUUGCAGCUUGUAGAUUCACUGAUCAGUGCUGUGAAAGUUUGUCUUCAUUUCUACAAUCAUCAAAAUCCCUUAGAGAGCUGGACCUGAGUAACAAUGACCUGCAGGAUUCAGGAGUGAAGCUGCUCUCUGAUGCACUGAAGAGUCCUCACUGUAUACUGGAAAUACUGAGAUUAUCUGGCUGUAUGGUUACAGAGGAAGGCUGUUGUUCUGUGGCAUCAGCUCUGAGAUCAAAUCUCUCACGCCUGAAAGAGCUGGAUCUGAGCUACAAUCACCCAGGAGAAUCAGGAGUCAGGCUGCUCUCUGAAAGACUCAAUGAUCCAAACUGCACACUGGACAAACUUAAGUAUGUUGAACUGUAAAACCCUGUUUAUACCCAUAUUAACCCCUUAAACCCAGGCCCUAAUUGGUCUUGAAUUUAUUGAAUGGUCAGUGAAUUCACUGAAACAGCACCUGUAUUUAUUCCUUUUAAAAAAUGGAAAUCCUUAACAAAUACACACAGAAGACAUAUAUUUUUAGUGUUUCAUUAGAAUG